UUCGUGAGGCAACUGUGCCGUUGUUGGGCUGCAGCCUGCGGAGCCGAAAAAACGUACACAGAGUUGGACAGAAGCUUUGUUUCCUUCUUUAAGUCACAAAGGAAGAAACGAACGAUGGAGUCCAAGCGAUCUGAUGAGACUUUUGAAUUGCGAAGACUUUGUUCUACUCGCCGGAAUCCCGUUAGAAGCCGGCCGAGACAAAGCGGUUUCCGGCAAUACUGUCAGAAUCCCGCUCACUGACUAGUGACUUCUCGUUACCCGAACAACGUCACCGGGAAAACAUGGUCAAGGUCUUCUGUCUUUCUUGUUCUCUUCGAGUUCCUGAUCUAAAGUAGAAAUAUAUUCCGGUGAUUCCUUCUCUAUGUUGAGAAUUUGGAUAUAUCUAGAGAGAGGGAGAAGCUCGUAAUUCACAUAGUGGGGCUGAGUUGAUGGGGCAUUUGUCAUCUCUGUUCGACGGUCUGGCAAAAUCUCUUUCCGUCAAAAGAAGAAAGAGAUGUGGAAACGAUGAUGGAAAGGAAGCUGCAGAAGCGAUGGCCAAAGAAGCUAAGAAGAACGACCUCAUAUUGCGUUCUUCUGGCAUCGUUAACUCCGAUUGCUCCAACAAUUUUGUCUCGAUCUUCUCUAAGAGAGGACAGAAAGGAGUGAACCAGGAUUGCUUCAUUGUGUGGGAGGAAUUUGGAUGCCAACCAGACAUGAUCUUUUGCGGGAUUUUUGAUGGACAUGGUCCAUGGGGACACUUCGUAGCAAAAAGAGUCAGGGAAUCGAUGCCUCCAUCCUUACUGUGCAAUUGGCAGGAGACUCUAGCGCUAACUUCCCUUGAUCCAGAGUUCGACCUCGGAUCAGAUAAGAAGCUUCAUCGUUUUGAUGUGUGGAAGCAAUCCUACUUAAAGACUUGUGCUGCCAUUGAUCAGGAGCUUGAGCACCAUCCCAGGAUCGAUUCCUUCUACAGCGGUACCACCGCAUUGUCAAUUGUUAGACAGGGUGAGCUCGUAGUUAUAGCAAAUGUUGGUGACUCUCGGGCUGUGUUAGCUACAACUUCUGAUGAUGGCAGCUUGGUACCAGUUCAGCUUACUAUUGACUUCAAGCCAAAUUUACCCCAGGAGGCUGAACGGAUAACUCAGUGCAAAGGACGGGUAUUCUGUUUGCAUGAUGAACCAGGGGUACACAGGGUCUGGCUGCCAAAUGGGGAAACACCAGGUCUGGCAAUGUCUAGAGCAUUUGGUGAUUACUGUGUGAAGGACUAUGGGCUUAUUUCGGUGCCUGAAGUCACCCAAAGGAAUUUAAGCAACAGAGACCAAUUUAUUGUGCUGGCAACAGAUGGAGUCUGGGAUGUUAUCUCGAACCAACAAGCAGUUGACAUUGUCUCUUCAACAACGGACAGAGCAAAAUCAGCUAAACGUUUGGUUCAGUGUGCAGUCCAUGCAUGGAAGCGUAACAGACGGGGUGUUGCAAUGGAUGACAUUUCAGCUAUCUGCCUCUUCUUUCAUUCUUCUCAACCCUCUCGGCAGGCUAAUCUCAUUCAUUACCACCGCAAGCAUGAGAAAUAGUAAGAUGAGUUAUUUAAUCAGGGCAAGUAAACAAGCAUGAGUCCAUAGAAAGAUGCAAGGAUGGUACCUGUCUUGAUGGUCUGGGCCAACAAAUGAAACGAGGAUAGCAGGGCUGGCGUUCUCUUCAUAAAAUAUUCCCCAAAGGCUUAUCAUCAUUGUACCUGUUCCUGUUUUUUUUCUCCUUUAUCCUUGACCUUUACUCGAUUCUUGUUCUUCUAGUGCCUGGACCUAAAAGGGUUAUAAUGAUGCAAAAAAAAAAAAAGGAAACGGUGUGAUACUUAAACGUUACGGUCCAUGUGUCGGUAGUCCAUGUAAUAAAUGUAAUAAAGAUCUAUUCAAGAAUAAGAAAGAAAAUCCAAAAUCUGGAUCUA